GGGAGAGAGGCCUGACAGAGGCCCGGCUCCGGCUCCGGUGGCUCCAGCUUCCAUCCCUCCUGCUCUGGCUCCCGGGGGGGCUGCUCUGAAAUUCUCUCGGGGCCCGCUGUUGUAAUGUACUCGGCUGGAAGAGCUGAGACCCCAAUGCACAGGCAGGAGAAGGAUGCAGAGCUGGACCUCAGGAUAGUCGCCCUGCGCAAGAAGAACCAGGCCUUGCUGCGCAGGUACCAGGAGAUCCAGGAGGACCGUCGGCAGGCAGAACAGGGAGGCAUGGCUGUGACCUCACCGAGGAUCCUACAACCUGAUGUCCUCACUGUCACCAUCAGCCAGGUUCCAGGUGAGAAGCGGGUAGUGAGCAGGAACUGGGCUAAGUGUCCCCCUGCCCCUGGAGUGCCGGACAACGACGCCGUCGCAGGGAGCGUGGGCACUUUCUGCACGGGCGAGUGGGUGGAACUGGCCGUGACCAUGGAAAACAAAGCCAAGGCCAAACGGGUCGUAAGUGAAAAGCCCAGCAGAACAUGGACGGAGGGGUCACCCGGAGGAGGCCGAGGCCGGGGCGCUCCCAUGCAGAUGACCAGCAGCUCCGAUUCUGCACGGAAGGGUGCUCGGGAGCCCCGGAGUCCAGGUGUGGUCUCAGGCCCAGUGCCCCAAAGGCCCCCAGACACGGGCGGGGACUUGGUGUGGAGGAAGCCGGAGAAGGAGCAGAUUAACCUGGCCAGCCUCGCCGGGCACAGGGAGGCACAGGGUGACUGGCGACGCUCCUGGGACCUGGACAAGGCCAAGCCCACGCUACAGGACUGCAGCAAACCUAGGAAUGAGGGACCAUCCAGGCACAGUGGAAGGGGUCCAAGGAACCACCAGAAGCUACAAUCACCACCACUGUGCCCCAGUGGGAAAGGUCGAGGUGAACAACCUGGCAGACCCUCGGUGGCACCUGCCACAGGGAGCAAAGCCCAGGGGAAGGAGAGGCUAACUGGCAGAGCCCGAAGGUGCGACAUGAAGGACAAGGAGGAGAUUCAGACUCAGGAGGGAAGCCAGAGCACCCCAAAACCAGAGGACUCACAGACACAGAAGCAGAACGAGACAGAGCCAGGCAGACUAGAGAUGACCCCGGCAACCAGCCCAGCCCUGGCCUCCGCAGAAGAGCCAAGAGUGGACGCGGGAGCCUCCGCAGUCCGCUCAGUCCUCGACUCUCCGCACAAUCCGGACUUAACUCCCCUUGACCUCUCCCUAGGAGGAGCCAGCAGCUCUAGGCUUGUAGAGAGCACAUGUGUGUUAGGUCUGAGGCCAGAGGCCCAGCAAAGUCCAGCAUCCUGGCCAGAUGGUUCCCAGCAACAACCCCUGGGGUGGGAUGACCACCAGCCUGGGCUGCAAGUCCAGACUUGUACUGAACCACAGAGAGAAACAGAGGCCUUUAAGCCCAAAGAGGAUAGGGCUAGUAAGGCUGGGACCCCGCAGAGCCUGGCACCAAGAAGUAGAACCCCUAGAGGAACUGGCCAAAGGACGAGAGGCACAGGAGUGAGGAGCAGGACAGAGGGUCCUGGCCCUGCAAGAAGAUGCUGAGCCCAGCUCAUGGGGACAAGAGCUCACGUGAGAGUUUUCCAUGUGGCGGGUGGCUAGCUGACGGGGACUGUGCCAGGCUGGCUGGGCCACGUGGCAGAAAACCAUGCAAGAGCGAGGACUGCCCCCUUCUCUGCCUUACAUGCACAGGUCCCCGUGUGCGCAUGUGCCUUCAUGUGCAGACCUCCGGUGCACGGUCAGGCCGUGAGCCUCUUCCACCAACUGAGGGGGCAUGGCUUGGUGGCUUAUCUGGCUACCUUAGCUCUCUGUCAUCCCUUGAGACCAGGCCUUCCUCUUCAGCUAAAGGCUUCUGGCUCAGCUCAAGGAAGUCUCAAAGCUGGUGUGGCCAUCCUAGGAUAACCAUCCUUCAGCUAACCCUGCCUCCUUUUAUCCAGGAGACUCUCAAUCUUGGUCUCUUAGGAUGGCCAAACCAGGGGAUUUUCUUUUUUCUUUUUUUGCAAUAGCUUGACGGUCAGAAAAAGGAAGUUCUUUAAGCUGACAGAUACUGGGUUGGAAUAGAAAGGUAGAGCCCAGGUCUUCUUGGGAAAGGAGACCAUGGGGAAGGUGUUCUCUCUAAACUGGGCUAGGUCCUCCUAUCCCCUACUGGAGAGUCUAGCAGGUGCUGGGCCUGCCUCCCCUACACCUAGGUCAGACAUUAGGGGCACCCUGAAUGGAUCUUGCAGUCCAGGGUCACUUCCUACCCUCUUUGACUUUCCUCUUCCCCCACCUCUCCUCACCAAGGCCAUGCAAAAGCAAGCACUCAGGCAGAGAGACGGAGGAACCGCGAGACUCAGCUAAAUACAACAUCAGGACUUGUCUUUCCGACUCAGUCUCCAUUCCGGCCCCUCCCAUGAGGCCCACGGCUGGUGAAUUAUCCAGACUCUGCACAAGCUGUGGCUUCCUUUCCAUUCAACAAACAUUUCCUGAGCACCCUCUCCCAGUAAUCCAGGCGGUGGGCGAGGGUGACUCUGCCAGAAAGAGGGAGGGAAGACAUCAGCCAUCCGGCAGCUUGUGGCUGAACAUCGGGAGCUGUUCUCAGCUGAAGGUGCUUUACAGCCCAGGGGCAGGAUGAGGGUAGGAGUCUAAGGGGUCUACCACACCU